CGAAGCACAACGCAACACAAUACAAAUUACUACGAUGGCUGCUAAUUCAACACUACUGGCAAUACAAUUUGUAGCGGGUGUUCCAGCACCAAGGUGCCAUCUUCGUAGAAAUUUGGUAACCAAAACACCCGAAACUACUAUCAUGGCCGUCAAUCCAGCAUUACAACAUGAAGCCAGUGUCCUAGUAUCCCCACCAUGCCAACUUCAUAGAAAUUCAGUAAGUACCAAAAGAAACAAAACAACCGUGGCUGCCUAUCCAAAAGUAAUAGAUAUUGUAUCGGCGGGUAUUCCAUUCUCCACACUGGGCGAGCUUAGCAACUUAUCCGGGCAAACUGUUUCCCUGGAUGACAAGGACAUUUGGGAAGGGUAUCGGUCUGGUAACUUCCCAAAAUCAAUUAUUACUGGAGAGGUGGGUGAGUUUCAGCACAGUGCAGAGUCUGCAGGUAAGAUUAUAGGUUCAGUUGGUGCUCUUGCGUACAAACUGGAUGAGAAGAUUAAGUGGAUUAUUGCCUGGAGCAACCCACAAAACGAACUCAACAAGGUCUAUACUGAGAUUCUCGAAGAAACUGCUGAUUGGGAACAAAUCAAAACAAGUCUUGAACAAGAUGGACAAGCAAAAUAUACAGAUACUAAAUUUGGAUACCUGUCAGAAGUUGAAAUUGAUCCAAUCAGCGGUACGCCAACGAUGAAGGCAAAACUUAGCCCGGUAGCUAAGCCAGCAAGUUAAUGCAUAAGCUCGCUCUGCUUGCUGAUCAAACUGUGGUGGUAGGCGCAUUACUACUAGAAUAAAAUUUGAUAGCCAGCAGUGGAGUAUCUUAAUUAUGUACGUGCUUAAUUAUUGUGUGUUUAUUAUAUGUAAAAUUUCAGAGUACAUAUACUCUGAAUUGGAAAUGGGGGCCUUCGAACUUAUGUCAUUUCCAUGUCUAUAGACAUGGCUAUUUGUAUCCUAAUAUGGAAAAAUAAAAAAAGAAGGCCUUUAUUUUCUAAUCAUGUUAUA